CGCAUCUUACUAGCAGGAAAACCCUGCUCAGGCAAGGGAACACAGGCUCCGCUGAUCAGCAGGAAGUAUCGGUGCGUGCACAUUAGCACAGGGGAUUUGCUGCGAGCAGAGAUGAAAGUGGGGUCGGAGCUGGGAGCGCGGGCGUUCGAGUAUGUCAAGGAGGGGAAGCUGCUUCCCGACGACCUAGUGAUCUCGAUAGUGAAGAAGAGGAUCGAGCAAGAUGAUUGUAUCUACCAUGGAUGGAUACUUGACGGCUUUCCUCGCACCGUGGAACAGGCAAAGAUGCUGAUAGAGGAGAAGAUCAUUCCUGAUCACGUCAUCAUACUUGACCGACCGGACGAGGUGGUGCGAGAGUGGUGUUCGGGUGAGUGUCGCUCGUUCGAUGCUUCAGUCGUCAUGCUGCUGUUGAGAUGA